UUACCGCGUUGUUUCGAUUUAUACGACGUCUGAUAAAAUUAUUGCUGUUCUUACCCACUUUAAAAGUUCCCGCAAUUCGUGUUCGAAAUGAAUGUGAUCACGUGACUUGAUACAUCGUCUCCAAUCGUCUCCAUUAAAAAUGGCGGAUUACAGUGAGAAAUGUGCUGACGAUUGUUCGUUCGAUUAUAGCGAGGAUAAACAAAAAGGCGUAUGUUUAAUAAAAGCAGAGUAUAUCCUCGAAGACCAUGUAAGACUCUUAAGCGAAGAGUGUUUAACGAAAAGCGACAAAGAGAAGGUUUCCACCAACACAAUUAUCUCUGAAGAUCCUUCUUUGUCAGCUGAACCACCAUGUAAAAAAUAUAAACAUGACAACAAGAAGGAAAAGCUCAGAGGUCAGAAUAAAGCCAGACCAGCUCCAUUUAAGGCACAGCGCGAGUUGAACCUGUGCCCAUGGAUAGCAGAUCAAACGGUAGACGAACCUGAAAAACAAUGCACUAACAAACGAUGUACAUUUUUGCACAACAGGAUGGAAUAUUUAAAGAUAAAGCCAGAGGACAUUGGAACGGAAUGCUAUCUUUUUAAUUUGACUGGCAGAUGUCCUAGAGGUGCAGCCUGUAGAAUGGGCUCUAAACAUUUGACAGAGGAUGGUUUAAAUAUCGUCAACAAGGAAAAGGAAGAAGAGUAUCAAAAGAGGCCAUCCUCCACAAAGAACCACAUAACGAAAAGCCUGCAAAUGCAACUGCGGAAGUACAAGUAUAAUUUCGCUAAAGCUGAGAAAAUAGUUAAGGCAAACGAACCAUCUAGGAAGAAGCUGGACAAUGCAGACAAAUCAGAUACAAAGAAUGGCUGUGCUUCGGAAUCUGAGCAACCUUUGGAUGCAAACAAAGCAGAAGUAGAAAAUGGUUGCACUUUGGACACUAGUAUUUCCAAAUUUACAAAUGAAACACCCGAGAUACACAAUACGGAACAGAAAAUUGGCCCAGUGGAGGAUUAUGACUUGAUCAAAUGUAGGAAUGAGGAGAAGAAGAAGAUAGAUUGGAAAAAUAAAAUAGUUCUUAGCCCUCUGACGACAGUAGGCAACUUGCCUUUUAGAAGAAUCUGCAAAGAGUAUGGAGCAGAUAUAACGUGCGGCGAAAUGGCUCUGGCACCGAGGAUACUGAAAGGAGCUCACGAAGAGUGGGCGCUGGUGAAAAGGCACGAAUCGGAGAACAUCUUUGGCGUACAGCUAUGCGGUAAUAAUCCAGGAGUACUGACGAGGUGCUCUCAAUUGUUAACCGAGGAAAUCGAUGUUGAUUUCAUCGACUUGAACCUCGGUUGUCCUAUAGAUUUGAUUUAUCGACAAGGAGGUGGCAGUGGUAUGCUCAAUCGAUUAAAUGUCCUAGAAACCGUUGUAAAAUCUGUUAGCCAAGUCAUGAACAUACCUCUAACUGUAAAAACUAGGACUGGUGUCUACAUAGACAAACCUGUUGCACACAACCUAAUGCCAAAGUUUCACAAGUGGGGUGUGUCCAUGAUUACUGUUCAUGGACGAUCUCGCGAGCAAAGAUACACGAGAUUGGCUGACUGGGAGUACAUUGAAAAGUGUGCAAAAGCAGCCCAGCCAACGCCAGUAUUCGGAAAUGGCGAUAUUUUGUCGUUUGACGACUAUCAAAGAGUUCGAGAUACUUACUCCAAUGUGAGUGGUAUUACCAUAGGUCGUGGGGCGUUAAUAAAACCAUGGAUAUUUACAGAAAUAAAAGAAAGAAAGUUGAUUGACGUGUCGAGCUCGGAGAGAUUCGACAUGUUAAAGAAGUAUGCCAAUUAUGGUCUCGAACACUGGGGCUCGGACACCCGUGGUGUCGAAACGACGAGGAGAUUUAUGUUGGAAUGGAUUUCAUUUUUACAUAGAUAUAUUCCCGUUGGGAUUUUGGAGAGACCCCCGCAAAGAAUAAAUGAGAGGCCUCCGUUUUAUCGAGGUCGCGACGACAUAGAAACGCUUAUGGCGAGUUCGAACUGUGCCGAUUGGAUUAAAUUAUCGGAAAUGCUACUAGGAAAAGUGCCCGAGGGAUUCCACUUUUUACCCAAACAUAAGGCGAACUCGUUUAAAUAACCAGGGACAAUAAUGUACAAUGAAUUAUUACGAAAAAAAAACAGAAUACUUUUAUAUGAGAACCUUUUC